AUGGCCACAAUGAAUCAACUGUCUCCCCUCCAGAGCCUCGGACAACGAAUUCAGAACGUCUAUAGCACGUUCCAUUGGGGAAAGCGCAAGCAGCUCAAGCCUGAUGUUCUCUUCGACAAGCAAACUUGCUGCAAUCCUCCCAUUAACGCUGCCCACAACACAUGGUGGGCCUCUAUGCAACCCCCGGAGUAUCCACGUGUUAUCGGUUACGGCAAUACGCUGGAAGGGGCUUUAAACAGUCUCUAUAGUCAGCUUCAAUUGGGUCCGCAACAAUGGAUGGCCAUUUACGGUGCCCAAAACCAGGGAAAUAUCAUCGCCAAUGGAGCGCAGAGCCAGAUCUCGGGAGCCUCAACGACACCAUACGUGACUUAUCCCAUGUCCACCCAAAGCCUCAGCUCUGGUUCAGGGACCUACACACCUCUCCUUGCAACUCUCCCCUCUCUACAAGCGCCCGGAGUUGGAUCGGUUCCUCAGCCUAUCACACCCGAUGUUGCCAAGCAGACCGCCCAGCUACCGCAGAAGUUGACAAGCCACAACAAUGGCCAGAAAGAUAAGAUUUCCAAGUCCAACUCGUCGAGCACGCCUGCGACCUAUUAUACUACACAGAUGUCCAAUGGUGGCAGCAGUGCCAGCCAUCCAUCUCUUGAUCAGGUGAUGGAAGGAAUGAAGAGUCUCCAGAGGGGGCUCGAGACUAUGUCUAAGACCCUUUGCAUGGCUGACUUCCAGUCCCGCCUGGCACCGUCUUCGGCUGGAUCCACUUCUACUUCAUCGACCGCGUUCAGUAAUCCACCUGCACAGUUACUCAACAUGACAGCGGACAGAUACAAGCAGCCAACCACGAUGUUCAACUCGGAGAAGAAAGAGCUGAAGCAGCAAGGCAUUCAGGAACAGCUCCAGAAUGAGAUCAACCUUCCCAAAGUCUAUCAAAGCCCCAGCAUCGACAACGCAGGAUGCCGCAAACUCCCCGCACCCGUGUGCACAAUCGGCAGCAAACUUACUUCCACUACAAACCUCUCCGCGCCACCCAGCACCAGUGUGCAAACUAUAACGCCCACUGAAGCUUCCGUGGCCACUAGUUCGGCUCCCACUAAUGCUGCGAGUUCCUCACAACGGACCAGGGAAACAGAUCCCUCUCUCUUCCAGCGUUCUUCCGAGAUCUCUGAUGUCUCCGCCUCAGUUGACGUGGGCGUAUCUACCAAUACCAUGCAGAACGAAUACGGCAAACGCGAGCGUGAUCGCAUCCAUGAUGAAGUUAUUGGAAGCCCCAGAAUGAACGUUGAGCAGAGACUCGACAAGACUCCAGAGACCGAGCGAUCGUUCCAGCCGAUCAAGAAUGAGGAACACUCCCACAAGAAGAUCAAGAUCGAGGAGGAAGAUUCGCACUGA